AUCAAUUAACAGAAACUAGUGACAGUAGGAUAAAAAGAUGAAAGCGGUAGCUAGUGGGAAAAUAUUGGAUAUGUUACAAUCCAUCAAUUUCAAGUUCGCGGCAUUGGUUGUUCAAGGUAAUUCGCUGGUGUUGGUUUACUUUGCGAAACCUCGGAUGAGUCGUUGAUAUUGUGGAUAUCGACCACCUCCGUUGGAAAAAGGCAAAGUUUUUUUGCCAACAGUCCACUGCUUGGCUGCUAUCAUAAGUUGUUUCUUGCUAGAUAAUGACAAUACAUUGAUAAUAUCCAAUGUUAUGCUUUCUCUCUCCCUUUUGCCUGUCCAUCUAUCUUCCAACUUUUAAAGUAGAAAAUAUUGAACAGUUCGUUUCAUUACUUCCUUACUUUCUUUGUUUAUCUAUAAAGAAAUGAAUUUUUGUCUUCUCAUUUAUUUAUCCUUCUGGUUACAUUCCACCUAUUGUCUAGCUCAGGAUGAACAGAAUUUGUUCUAUCAGUUAUACAAUUUAUUUACUGGUAAUCAACCAUUAACUAAUAUUAUACCAUCCAGUUGGUUAGAUUAUCUUAUUAGUUUGCCUGGAUCUGGAUAUUUCAUCGCAUUUGUUUAUUGGUUACGUCAUCCACUUCUUUUAUGUUUUCUACUUCCAUUUUUAUUAAUCUUUUUCAUUUAUUUCACUGUCAUUUUACUUCAUUUAUACCAUUUACGUUUUUGGUUACGUCGUCAUUUAAAUCGUUUAUUGUCCAAGUUCAGACAGUCGUCAACUUCACCAUCAAUAUCUAUAUCAUCUACUAGUCACAUAUAUUUAGAUUCACUAGCAGAAUUAUUACGUCGUAUUGUUGCUGCUGUAUGGGAUGCUCAUGGACGUAUAUUUCACGGUUAUGAAGUAAUUGGUAUGGAGAAAUUACCAGCAAAUGGACCAGCUUAUUUAGUUUAUUAUCAUGGAACAUGUCCAUUUGAUGCAUAUUAUUUUACAUCGAGAUAUUGUAUUGAAAGAGAUAGGUAAGAAAUUCCUCUUAUAAGUUUUGCUUUCUUUUGUCUCAUGGAUCGGAAUCAGUUCAUCCAGCCAAAUGUAACGUAGAAUCUGUCACGUGUGAGCGUUGAAUCAAGUUGCUACACCACACCAUCAUAUCAGAGUAAAACUUUAAGCACUUAGGAGACUUUUGAAAGCUACCUAGUGACGAAAAUCAUCAGUUAUGAUAAUCUUCACUAAACCCAUCAACCGAACUGUAGUCUUAUCUUCACAUGUAAUUGAGUUCGAGACGAGUCCCAGCGAAAAUUUGUGUCUGCUGCAGUUCCGGCAUGUUGGAAAUGACAUAGUGAUCGCAUACAACCUUCGCGCUGUUAGACAUUGUUUGAAGUUGGAAAUUUAAAUCAUUAAGUUUCAGCUCAUCGAUUAUGACGCUAAGUGCUCCGUGUGACCUCUGAAUUUAUUGAGUUCGACCCUUAGUGGUGUUGUGGCGGGGAAUGCUGAGCUCCGUCAUAGGACGAGACAGAUGUUCAGUGCUUUCUGGUUUUCAGCAGUUGUUUAACUAAUAUCUGUCAGUAAUGUUUAACUACAAAGUUCAAUUUCCAAAAGCACCCUAUGCUAAAAAUAUUUUUUCAAAUAUAUUCUAAUGUAUUUCAUUUGUAAACGCUGGCAUUUUUAGUUUCAUAAUAUGAAUUCUCUUACAAGUACUCAGGUGUAUCUGGAACUAAAGACAACGAGAUUGAAAAGUCGAAUGCUUUUCAUCGAACCCAUUUUGAACAUUCUUUAAGUACUUGUAGGUGGUAUUCAUUCCUUCGAAGUAUCAGCUGAGGUCAAUUCGUGACAUUUAUCAUGUACAAAUUAAACUAAUCUCCACAAAAACUUGUAUAUAUAUUUCUGCUGAAUCGCUUGAAAGUAUGUAUAACCUAUGGCUUUUUGGGGAAUACAAUAUCUAUAUUUAUAUCUAUAUACAAUAUCUAUUUGUUAAAAUAAAAUUUGGUGCCUCCACCUGAACUCACGAUGAUGGCUGAUGUAGGAGCAGGUUGGGGGAAAGUUAGCGACUGCAAAACCGAGACAUGGCAUUACUUCAUGAAGACACUGACAACUGGAUUGAGCCAUGUGGGUAGUUGCAUACUAUGUAAUUGUAGUCUAUGUGAUUAUUGUAACCAAUGGUUAGAUGCUUUGGGUGAUAUAUGGCUUUGAAUCGUCCCUUGGUUUUUUAAUUCUCUAUAAAGUUUUAUUUUAUUCCACUAAUCUAUUUUAUCUCUCAUCUUAUCUUCGAUGCCUGAUAUUUUCUAUAACUACAUCUACCACUUAUGGAUUCACCCUGACGAUUUCAUCUCAUUGUUCCUAUGGAAUAUGACAAAUUGAACUGAUGUAUAUAUGUGGCAGGCUCUACGUUAAUAAUGAUUGACUAUAGAACGGUAAUAGUUAGGACACUAUAUUUAUUCGAAUGCUAAUCUAAUAAUUAUUUCGGUUUGUGAAAUCUAAUAGUAGUAUCGGCAGACCACAUAUGUAAAAUUUGGAUGUAAUGUUGGUAGUCCCAUAACCUAGCGUGCCGCUCCAAGUCAAACAUAGUUGAUGAACCCAGUUGGCUCUUGAGAAAAGGCAUUCAUGGAAGCAGGGCGAUACUACCGGGGCGCAUUAGUUUUUGCAGAUUUUUGUGUUCCUGGUUUUACUUCUUGUCCAGUGAUGAUAGACCAUCUAUGUACCACAUAGCAAUGAUUGGUAAUUCCUUUUGAGGUUAGUAAUUUUUUGUCGCGUCCAGGCCAUGAAUAUUCAUCUAGAUCAUUGUUUAUUCUUGAUAUUGUAUUUUCGGUUCUUCUAGGUACUCGUAUUUCUUGAGGGUUUUGGUUUCGCAGCUGUCUGUUUCGUUUAGUUGAUUUAAUGUGAAAUGGCAUGAGUUGAUGUGUCUUUUGAACCAUCCUUCAUUUUUGUAGGUUUUUGUACAAUCUCCUAGAGGACAUUUAUACUCCCCCUGAGGCAUGAAGUCUGUUUUUUUCUCGUUGCUGAUCAUUUCCGUUAUACCUAUUCGUUUCCUUAAUUGUGGCAAAUAGUCGUUUACAGUUACUGUCUCCGCAUUUUUAUAUCAGGUUUUGCUUGCCAACUAUUUUCAGAUUAUAGUCACGUAGAUUUAUGAGUUUUGUUAACCAUUUUUGAGGGAGUUUUUCAUCAAAUCGGUCCAGGUCAUGUGUUAAUUGUCGUAACUGGCUUUUACUAUAUGCUGGUCUUCCGCUGUGUCAUAUUAUUUGUUUGGCUGUUUAAAGACCACAUCAUUAGGCUGUUUGAUCUUUUAUGUGCUGCACUCCACAGUUCCAGCCUGUUUUGUAGUAUUGUUAGGUUAGGGAGGUCUAUGCAUUCGUGUAGUUCAUUAGUUGUAAGUGGUCUGUUAUCAUUGAUAACCAAAAUCAUUCCAUGAGGAGUAUUGAAGACUGCUUUUAGUCUCGUCAAGUCUUUUUUCCCUACAAAUGUGGUGUAUGCUACUUAUGUUUGCAGACUUUAGUAGUAUAUAACACCAACUAGAAGUGAAAUACCUGCAAAUAGGAGGUUGAGGAGAUUAAAAUGAAGAGAAGAAAUAAGGAAACUAAAAGCAAUCAAAAUCACAACAGGAAUAAAGAAACAAUGAAGUAUUUAAUGUAUAGUUUUCAUGUUUUUUGAAGGCAUUUUGUAAUUAUGCAUUAAACAAUAAGCUGGUUUUCUCCAUCUAAGUCUCCGUUCACUGUAGAACUGUAGGCUCAAACCCAUAGGUUAAUAUAGGGGUUAUUAAAGAAUAAAUCAACUUGAUUUUUGUUCGUAUGCUAAUAUUUGUGCAGCAUUGUAUUGGUCUGAUUUCGAUAAAUGUUGUUUUAGCUUUACCAAUGUUGGUUUGGAUUGCUUCAUCAGGAGUUCCAUCGCUUCUUAGCACUGAUCCUAGAUGGUUGAAUGUAGUUACCUCUUCGAGUUUAUGGUUGUUGAUGGCUAUUUUAAGUGCAUUGCUUUGUUAGUUCAUUACCAUGACUUUGGUUUUGUCAUAGGAUAUUUUCAUUCCUAGCUUUGUUAGGUGAUUUUAGAGGGAAGUGGGGGUUUUGGUCGUUUCUUCAGUGGCUGUAGUUAUUUGACAUAGAUCAUCAGCAAAUUCUAUGUACGAUAAUGUUCAGGUUGUAUUGUUUUCGUCGGCCAGGUCAAGGCCAAUUGAUAUCUUAUCUGUUGUUGAAUUAGGAAUUUCUUGAAAGGCGAUAUGGAAGAGAGGCGGGACUCCUUAAUUCCCUUUUGUACGCUUCUAUACAUAGUGAAGUGUAGUUGUGUACCUUUUUUGUAGCCUUUAUUUCCAUCUAACAGCUGGGUGAUGUUUCGGUUGAUAUUGUUUGAGGGACAUAGUUUUGUAAUGUAUCUAGAAUCAUUUUAUUUGGUAAUAAGUUGAAAGCUUUGGUGAGGUCAAUGGAAGUCAGUAUUAGUUCUUGGUUGGUAUAUAAUUCACCUUGUAUUAUCUCUGAUUGCUGUGAUUGCAUGUGCAAUCGAAAGACGUUUUCGAACUCUGAAUUGAUUUGGAGGGGAGGUUUCGUUCCGUUAAAGCUUUUAGUCUCUCGCAGAUCAUUCCAGCAUAUACUUUUCCUAUCGUAUCGAGUAGGAUAUACUUCGAUAGUUGUUGGAGUUAUUGCAUGAUCCUUUGUUUUUGUAUAUGCUGAUGACAUCUGUGUCUAACCAAUGAAUUGGGAUUUCGUUGGGGUUUUUCCCUAUGUUAUCCAUUAUUUACAGUAGGAUUGUUUUUAGUUUCAGUCCUCCAAAUUUAAUCAUUUCUGAUGUUAUACUAUUGUGGCCGGGGGCCUUAUGGUUUUUCAUUCGACAUACAGAGUGUUCUAAUUCAACCAUAGUUAGGAGAGAUUCGGUUCUUCGGUUUGUUUGACUUCGAUUCUUCAUGAAGGUGGAAGUUUUAGAGUUAAAUAACGUUUGAUAAUGUUGUAGAAGUUUAUUGUUGUUUUACGACUGGUGUAUGAUUGAUUUUGAAUGGUAUCCAAUACUUCUAUAAGUAGUUUGUAUGUUUGAUGCUGUUCGUUUCCCUGAUAAAGAGUAUUUAGUUUAUCCAUUUUGUCUGGAACACUUGUUCCCUCAGGUCUAAUCAUACCUCCUACUUCGGUUUGGGCGUCCGGGCGGUAUCACGGCCCUCGCAAAAAUCAUUUGAUUUGUGCGGCUCCUAUGUGUUUGAUGCCUCAUUGUACCAAUGUUUAUAUGUUAAAUAAAUAAAUAAAUCUUACCAUAUCGGGCAGGUUGGUAAGAUUAAAUGAAGGGACUUAAGGUCCGAGAGGGAAGUUUUACUGCUGAUUGUAGAGGGCUGUGACAGUAGUAAGUUGUUUCCGUCAGACAACUAACAUCUGCAGUGGAACUACCUUCUCACAACGGGAAGAGAGUGUCAAAAAUGCCUUCAAGGCUUAAGUUAGCUGUGUGACUAAAUUUCACAAUUUUAUAUACAUAUAAUUCAUCGACUAGGUGUAUAAUGUCGUAACUUGUUAAACCUUUUUUGUUUUUAAAAACUUAUUUCAUGUGUUUAUGUAUAUUUAUGAAUUUCUACAGAUUUCCUGUUCCUGUUGUAGACAGAUUUUUAUUUCGUGUACCUGGACUUGGACGUUUACUAGAAACAAUCGGUGCAAUUAAAGGUUCUGUUGAUGAAUGUGUCGCUCAUCUACAACCAGGUCAUAUUCUCAAAAAUGGUAAAGUUUCACAAGGUGAUGUAUUAUUAAUCUCUCCCGGUGGUGUUAGAGAAGCUUUAUUCUCUGAUGAAUUUUAUACAGUUAUGUGGGAGAAUCGUCGAGGUUUUGCACGUAUUUCUUUAUUAUCUGGACAAGUAAGUUAAUUUAUGAGGAAUUCUUUAAUGAUUUAAGCAAUAAUUAAGUGUUAAUUAAAUAGAAGGUAUUAACUAUAUAUUGUAGAUUAAAAGUGACCCCUGUAAAUGCAUAAAAUUAAACAAACUAUAUGUAUUUAGUAAAGUUAGAUCAUAGUCUGCAGUGGAAUUCAAGAUGCUUAUUUCAUCCUGUUUGGGACUUAUCAGUUGAAUGUACCUUCAUUCUUGAGAUCAUGUUUGAGCCCAGUAACUGUUACUGCGAACAUCAACGUGUUAUUCAGUGGUAAGUUUCGAAUAGGAUAGAGCACAAGUCCUGGAUUCCAUUUCUAGCUACAACUUAACUUUUACUAAAAAUUAAUGACUAUGAAUGAAAAUCCACCCUUAAAUGCCCUGGUGCGACCGAGGGUGGGAAGAGUCAACUCUCCCUCUCGAAAUGCUCUCACAUGACCACGUGUAUACAGCCUCUGCAAGGGAAGUCCUACUCACUACCUUCUCGCGGCGGCGGUGUUGUUUAUGGAAUUGAGAGGACGAAAAGCCAAUGUCCGACGCUUUAACCGGGUUGGUGCAUAUGGAGGAUUCACCCAAGAGAGUUGGGAAACUCUGAUUCUAAAACAAUGGUGCACACGGACUCUAGAAUCCUGAGGGAACAAAUGGCAAAUGAACCUAUUGUUGGCUACCAUGGGACUGCAUCUCCUGACGUUGCUUCACUGCCUUGUGGCUCUCUAAGAAAACCAACUGUUCCGGUUUGAACACCCAAGCAAUAUUCCAGCUCUCCUACAAAUCGAAUAAUUUAUGUGACGCAUAUAUUUGUAUAUCAAUGUAAGUAAACUCUUCCAAAUAAAAUUUGAUAUGUGGUUAGUGACAGUAAAAUGUUAUUAGCCAUUUGAUUGUGAACUAACUGCUGUGAAUUCAUUGGCUGCAAAUUGAUUUGUAUUUGUGUUGAGUAACAUUUUGUUUAGUCUCUAUAUUUUCUCUAUAUUAUCGUUACCAGUGAAAACCCGGAAGUACUGAACAACCAUUUUGUACUAGUAUGGAACUCCUUGGCAGCGCACACCGACAACUCUGGACGUGAGAAUCGAACCCAGAACCUUUUGGUCUUGUACUCAAAUGCUUAACCUUUAGACCACUGAGUUGGGCUCCAGUAGUGUACGAGUCUAAUUCACUGAAGGCAUUAGAAGAUGAUAGAGCAAUAUCGUGGAUUGCCUCAAGUUAGAUCACAACCCCAUAUUGAUAUUAUCACGUGCUCACUAGUGAUUAGCUUCGACAGAAAAUUUCCGGAGAUCUAGUGAGAAGUCGUGACCUGUGUAGCUAAACUAUGUCGAGUAUGAGGCAGUUAUUCACCAAAGAUGGAAGGUGGUCGAGCAAUAUCGUGGAUCGAGUGAACUUAGUUAUUAACAUCGUUGGAUGCUGGCUCAAUGAUUUUGAUGUUAAGCAUUCGUGUGCGAAAUCAAAGAUUCUGCAUUUGGUUCCAACGUCAGGAGUCGUGGGUCAACAUUGCUGAGGAGUUCCGUACUAAGAUAAAAUGACUGUCCAUUAUUUCCAGAUUUUCAACAGUGGUAUAACUUAGAUUGGUUCAUGAUUUCAAUGAGUUUCGUAGCGUAGUUUUAGUCACUUCAAUGUAAAUAAAUUAAAUUAACACGUUUAAAUAGUAUAAAGGAACAAGGUGGAAUAUUCAGUUCGAUCGAAAUACAUCUCAUUAUAUCAGUCAGUCAGUCAGUAACAACGUAGAACUUCGUACGUUCGUACAGCAGUUCGAGUUGCCACACCACCUUAGCACAGAGAUGCAGUUGUCGAUUCAAAUCCCGUAGUGGUAAAGGUAGCAAGAGUACAAGCAGUAAUCGGGAAGAUUAGGGUUUGGGGAUGUUAUUUAAAGAGUAUAAUCCAGUGAAAUAUAUUUGGAAAGAGGAAAAAAGGGACAUGGAGAAUUCAGAAGGUUAGAAUUUAGGAGAACACAAAGAGUGGAUGCACCUGCACCAUUGCAAACGAUUUUGAGCCAUGUCUUUCAGGGUCUCUAACCAUCGGUUGCUAUCAUCUCGUGAUCCCCAACCAGGUAGUCUACACCUACCAACAUGGCUCAGUCCACUUGUCAAUGACUUCAUGGACUUGUGCCAUGUUUUGGUUUGGCCGCCUUUAGCUUUCUUCCAACCUACUCCUAUACCACUGAACAUAGCACGUCGAGGUAUUCGGUGGUUGGGCAUACGUAACACGUGUCCCAGCCAUCUCAACUGAUGAAGUUUCACUACUUCAUCAAUUGAUUUGCCAUCCUUAUCUAGUACCCGUUUCCUAACAAAUGCGUUACUUACUCGAUGGUCCCAUGAUAUACGAGCAAUGUCAUGUGAAUUCUUUCGAUCAAGGUGAUUCCGUGUGAAACAACACUAUGUGUUCGUGUGUAUAAUGGUGGGCGUAAAAAGUGUGCAAUUUGUAAUAUAAAGGAGUAGAGUUGAAAUUUGAAUAUGUGUUGGGGUCUGUACGUGUAUUAGUUUGUGAGAACUGUAUCUCUUUACAUCAGUAUUCCGAUUGAUAGGUAUCUAGAAUUUAUUGAUGAUUGAUGAGAGAAUUCGAAUAUACAAUGUAGAAGACGUCCAUUAAGUAUUAGUUCAGUCAUGAAAUCUCUCAAGUUAUGCUUGAAUCCAACACUUCACUUUCAAAGGGACUUUAUAUAAACAAACUGAUGGAGUAGCCAUGAGAUCUUUAGUAUAUUCGAUUGUUACUAAUUUAUUUAUGUCCCAUAUUGAUACGUUUAUUUUCGCCAAUAUCAUCAGACCACACAUCUGGCUUCAUUUAUUUAUUUGAACACAUAAGUAUUGGUACAAACGGGCACUGAGUACAUAUGCGCCACACAAGUCACUUGAUUUGUGUGUACGUUGUGAUACUGCUCGGGUGCCCAAACCGAGACAGGUGGUUUUCUUUGGGAGGAGCACACCUGGAACCUUUGCCCCAAUGGUCUGACCCAUAAGGCAGUGGAGCAACGUCAGGAGAUGCAGACCUAUGGUAGCCGGUGACCAACAAUAGGUUCAUACAUUAUUUGUUCUCUCAUGAUCCUGGAGCCCAUGUGCACCGUUAGUUUGCAGCGAGAGUUUCCAAACUCCUCUAGGUGGACUCUCCGUGUCGACCAACCUGGUUAAAGCGCCGUACAUUCGCUUUUCGUCCUCUCAAUUUCGUAAAUAGCACUCCGGUCAUGAGAAGGCAGGGAUUAGGACUUCUCUGUCAGUAACUGUAUACACGUCGUUAUGUGAGAGCAUUUGGAGAGGGAGAGCGGACUCUUCCCACGCUCGUCCGUAUCAGGGCAUUUGGGGGCUAUAAAAUGCGAACGGAUGAAUAAAGGCUAUGUACAUGUAUUAUGUAUAUACUUUGUAACUUCUUUUACCUAAUACCUUCUGUACAACAAGACGUCAAUACAGAAUCUGAGCUAUCUGAAAUCUCUCAACCUAUCUCAUCCUUUUCCUGUAAAGUUUUCCUCUUUAAAGAUAUAUAUGCUGGUUACAAGUGGAAAUAAUGAGCUGAUUGAUGGAGCCAUAAAUCUUUAUUAUCUAACUUUUUUGGAUAACUAUUACAUACAUAUUAUUAUUGAGAAAUAUGAAACACUGGAAAUUGUAACCUCCAAGUAUGUGUUGUCUUCCUAUACAUACUGUUUGUAUAUAUUUUCAAUCAGUUAGUCAGCUAAAACGUAGGACCAGGCACAUAUAUGCAUCGGUCCAGGUUGCCAUACCGCAUUAGCACAGCAAGAUGAACACCGGAUUCAUAGGAGUGGUUAGGUCAAAGGUGGUAAUAUAUAGGAGAAAGAUUGCAUAUAAGGAUAUAGUACAGGAAGGAAGAAUUAGUUAGUAGAAAGAAAGAUAUGAAGUGAUUUUAAUCUCUUAGUUUAAAUGAAGACAGGGAGUGUAUACACCUACACCAUUGUGAUCGAUUCUGAGUCAUGUCACCAAGAGUCUCCAACCAUCUGUUACGAUAGUCACGCGGACCCCAACCAAGUAGUCUGCAUCUACCAACAUGGCUCAGACUAGAGGUUAGUGUCUUCAAGCACUGAUGCCACGUUUUGGUUUGAUCGCCUUCGUAUGUAUUUUACAGAUUUACAUUUAUCGUAGGCAACUAUAAUGUAUCAGAAAGGGUUUUUUUGAGAUUGCAGUAAUUUCAAUAACUGGGCUCAUGAGUCAAUUCAAGCUAAGAAAACUAUGGAAAACCUGGAAGGCCAUUUCUUCGUCUCAUUGUGGGGGACUAUAAUAUUUAUUUCUCCCUUCUAUUGUUUUUCUUCUCUUUAUUUUCAGCCUAUUUAUCCAAUGUUUACAGAAAAUAUUCGUGAAACCAUAAGAAUUGUACAAUUUGGCAAAGGUUGGUGGCGUAGCUUAUAUGAAAGAACACGAUUACCGUUAGCCAUAUUUUAUGGUUAUUUUCCUGUUAAACUUAGAACCUAUAUUGGUGAUCCGAUUUAUCCAUUGCCAAAUGAAACAUCUGAUGAAUUAGCUAGUCGAGUAAGUAUUCAUUAUUACUAAUUUAUAAACCUAACUUCAAAUUUUGUUAUAAAAUGAAACGAUACAAUAAAUCUUGAUCAGCUUACAUAUACAUGAUGGUUGUAUAUUCGAAUGUCGAUAAUAUCCAUGGGAAAUCUUAUCAGUUAUACACAAUGAAGAACCUGAUACAUUCGUUCAAAGGUUCAAGUUGUUACGUCAUAUCAUCAUAGAGUGAUCCUAGGGUUGUAUAAAAGAGUAACCAUAGAAGUUAUGACUCGAAAAAAAAGAAUUAGUCGGAUCAUAAAAUGCAUAAGAUACUUGUGAAAUUCAUGAUUGAAAGAAAGAUAAGGUUUCAGUUAAAUUUGUGACAUAUUACCAAAUAUCUCUAAACAUUAGUUACUUCAUAGAUUGAUCUUGAGUCUUGAUUUGGCAGCCUAAAGCUUCUUUCCAACCUAUCCAUCAUUGUGAGUUAAGAUAAGCAGUAGUUGAGCAUAUGUGAUACAUGUUCUAACCAUCUCAAUCAAUAAAUACUCACUACUCGACCAAGCGAUUUAAUAUCAUUACCUUGGUACCAUUCGUCUAACCUUAUGAUCACUCACCUGGGAGAAGUGACCUACUCACUUGACGGUUCCAACAAGCGCGCGCAGAGCUUCGAAGGCACCUGUGAUCGAAUACUAGUAAGCUACGGAAAUCAAACUGCUGGGUAGUGCACUAUUCCUUUGGUUGGUAGGUGGAUAUCUCACCUACACCACAGGUGACGUAAAUUGGUAAAAGCUAAUCGAGCUAUCUGAAUCCGUGUCAAGAUCUCGUCAAACACUUACCCACAACAGUUGGUUGGAUUUCCAAGAUAAGUGAAGUGGUCGACGUGCUUGACUACUCCAUUCCUUGUAAUCAGUUUAAAUGAUGGUGUAGAUCAGUUUUGAGGCAACAAUUUACAUUUAGAGGGAGUGUUAGUAUUUUGAGAAUGUAUAUUUUCCUGUAAAAUAGGAUGGUCAGCAAUGAAGAUCAGUUAGUUGGGAUUUUGCCCACUUUCCAGGUUGUAUCUGAGUCAGUAUAACUGAUAGGACUAAACCGCCAUCCUUGAAGAUCUCUGGGGUUAAUACAUCAAAGCCUGCUGCUCUCCAUCUCCUGAGAUUAGCUCUGGAUUUCUAAUAUCCUUAAGAAUUGGGGCGCUUAUGUUGAUAUCCUGUUUAGGUUGAUGGUAAUAGCAGGGAACUGGAGGGUUGCAUAUGACCAGUCAAACUGUUCUUCAAAGCGUUCCACCCAUCGUUCUAAUCCUCCUGAUCUGAGAGUGGGUCACUGUCUCAUCCUUUAUGGAAAUAAUCUCACUAACACGUGAAUUUGCAAUAUCCGUUUCUUUGAUAAACCUGAUAAGUCGUCUAUUAUUGCCUAUUGCCACUACCUUUUGCUUUCUUUGCCCACUAUUUUCUCACAGCAAUUAUGGUAUAAAAGGAACGAUCGUAAUCAAAGAUUGAAAAGUAUACACUGACAAUAAGCUAUGUAUGUAGGCUAGUUUCAGUGUUGUUAAAGAUAUGAGGGCGGUUAUCCCCUACCAUGAGAAGAUAAUACUUCGUGUGGGACUUAAAAAAGAAAUCAGUGUAAACCGUUAUCUUGACGACUUGAGAGCGUGGUCACACAUACCCCAAAGGAUAGCUUCUUGGGGCUGGUGACAUCUAUUUUUUUUAGCGAUGUUCUAUCUGGAUUACUUGCUUACUUACAUGUGCCUGUUACUCCUCGUGGAGAAGCGUAGGUUGCUUACCAGGAUUCUCCAUCCAACUUUGUCCUGAACAAUCCUUUCCAGUUUCUAUUCAUUCUCUCGAUAUCUGAUCCCAAUUCCAGACACAACGUGUUCUUUGGUCUUCCUCUUUUCCUUUUCCCUUCAGGAUUCUAAGCUGGUGUUUGCCACGUGAUGCAGUUUGAUGAUUUCAUCAAUGUGUGUCCUAUCCACUUCCAACGUCCUUGCCUAAUUUCCUCUUCAACUGGAAGGUGGUUUGUUUUCUCCCACAAUAGGCUGUUGCCGAUGGUAUUCGGCCGACGGGUCUGGCGUGUCCUGCGUAGACAAUUGUUUAAAAAUACUUGUACUUUUUCGAUGAUGGUUGUAGUAGUCCUCCUAGUUCCAGUUCCUUACAGCAGAACUAACUGACUUGACUUUCGUAUUGAAGAUUUUGACUAUAAUAUUGGUUGACAGUUGCUUUGGGUUCUUGAAUUGUAGGAAUGCGGUCAUUACUCUUGCAGUUCUUGUCUUUACAUUUGUAUGAGAUCCUCCUUGUUCAUCGAUGAUGCUGUCCAGGUACGUGAAACUUUUCACCUCUUCCAGAGUUUCUCCACCAAGUGUGAUUGGCCUGGUGUACUCCAUGUUGUAUUUGUUAUAGCCCAAAGCCGCCAAUCAGAAGCAGUGAAUUAUCGAUCGGACCAAGGGCGCGUAAAACACGUGCGAGCAGCCUAGAGUUCUGAUUGGUCCUGCUUUCCGCCUAGCUCAGCCAGUUAAGUCCAGAAUACCAAUCUCAGCCUCUGCAGUAUGAAUCCUUAUAUUUCAAACAUACUGAGUUUAUAUACCAAUCAAACAGACCACAACGUAGCAUAAAAUACAAAAUAACAUUUGUACGAGAUUUGGCCAAAUGUGGCUGUGAAUGUGGGAAGCAGUGGCUGAUAGACAGGGCAUAAUACUGGUUCAUAGGUCAAAAUAAAGCUUAUAAUAAGAGGAACAUGAAUAUGAAGUUGAGUUAUUUAACAAAAAUAUACUUAUAAUAUUGGUCCAUAAAUGGAUCCCAAAGUUACCAUUCAUUAUGCUUAUCGGGACCUAACACACCUCCCCUUUUUUGAAGAUCCGGUGUUGAUAUUCGAAUUUUAAAUUUUUCGGGUUCAUCCUCCCCCCCACGAAACAGUGUUGGAUCCUCAUAUUCCCAAGUUACAAUCAAUUUAAAUUUAUUUAAAACAUAUUUGUCUCAUUGAACAGAGAGUCGACUGAAAGUGACUAAGUGGUGAGGCUGAACAACGCUUGAUAUGAGGUAAUCGAAGUUUGAUUCUUCUGAAAUAUUGUGACCGAAUUUAUUGGGAACCUCAUUUGUAGAUAAUGGAUCAUCAAGGUAAUCAGCAUCUAUCAAACUUGUAUUAUGUUUCUGAUCAUCAUUUGAUGCAUCUGACAUAUUUUCUGGUAAAAAAGAAUUUCGAUAAUUAGAUUCGUCAGAAACUUCUGUCGCUGAAUAAUGAGAUCCAUUUGGAGCAGCUGCAUUCAGUGUACUACUCGAUUUGUUUUCUGUUUCAUGGGCGGUUACUGCGACAAUUCUAUGAACAUUUGGCCGGGUGUCUGUUUGUGAGCUGGGUAAGUCACUGUCUGCACAUGCUGUUUCGGAGAUAAUGGGGUUUGAAUCAAUUACCGGGCAUGUUUCUGAAAUGGAGAGUACUGGACCACUGGGCGGAUCUUGAGUGACUGAUGUAUCGUUUGGAAUACGGUUUGUCGAGGAUUCAUGGAGGCUGCAAUCAUUUCCCAGCUCAGUGUGCAAUUGAGAACUUAAUCCAUCCACUUCCGUCGUAUCUCCAAAGCAUGAGUGAUUCAGCAGCUGCGUGCGUAAUUUGAGUAAGAACUCCAACUGUCGCUCAAAUAGCAGCUGUAAUCUAUCGGAAAGGAAAGUCUUUUUUUGAAUCAGCACCGGCAAUCAAAAUUACUGUAUGAAUAAUAACCAAUGUCGUUCAAGAACACUGAUGACAAAUCUGGAUGCUGAUUGCUCGAAAUAAUUGGACUGAAUUUCGUCCAAUUACAGACUAACUUUGGAUCGUUUGUUUACCCCGUCGCCAAUUGUCAUAGCCCGAGGCGGCCAAUCAGAUGCAGUGAAUUGUCGAUCGGUCCAUAAAAUGAUCCCAAAGUUACCAUUCAUUAUGUUUCUCGGGACCUAACAGUAUUUCAGGAUGUUGCUUUUCCCCUUGUGUAUGUUGAGGGCUGCUGUUAUACUGGCAAUUUUCACCUGCAAUCGCUGACGUCCAUGGGAUAGAAGAGGCAGGUCAUUUGUAAAGCCCAAACCGUCUAGUUGCAUCCAAGCUGUCCAUUGUAUUCCGUGCUUUCCCUGAGAUGUCGAGGUGUUCAUAAGAGAAAGGGAGAGUAAACAACCUUGACCGACACCGGUAGUCACUUGGAUUACAUCUUUGAGCUAUCCUCCAUGCAAGACUUUGCAAUGUAGUCUGUCGUACGAAUUCCGUAUGAUGUUGACAAUCGUAGGCGAAUAAUGAUGUGGAAGAAGGUUCCACAAUGUUCUCCUAUCCACUAUGUCAAAUGCUUUCUUAUAGCCAAAUAAGUUGAUGUAUAGUGUUGAGUUCCAUCCAAUUGGUCGUUCAACAAUGAUCCGUAGUGCCACGAUUUGAUCUGUGCACGACCGAUCCUCACGGAAUCCGGUAUGUGUAUUUCGAAGCUGACGUCCACUGAAUCCUUCAUUCUGUUCCGCAACACUAUUGAAGACUUUUCCUGGUGCUGACAGUAGUAUGAUUCCUCUAGUUCGUACAUUUGCUCAUGUCUCCUUUCUUCAGUAUCUUGAUGAGAUAACCUCGUUUUCAGUCUGUCGGCACUUGUUCCCCCCCCUUCAAAAUCUUGAAUAGAACGUACAGCAUGCUUGCAAUUACUUUUAUGUCUGACUUCAGGGCUUCAUCCGAGAUUUUAUCCUGGAUAGUGGAGACAAAUUUGUAAAUUUAUCUUUUUCCAUUCUUCUCAUCUUUUCUUCUCAAAUUAGGUUCGUAUAUCCAUUGAAGAACUUAUCAGUAGGCAUCAGUUAAUACCGGCAAAUCUUUUUUGUGCUAUUAUGCAACGAUUCCCUGUAUUCGAUCGUUGGUUAACAAAAUAUAAACUUAAACUAUUUCAUCAUUAUCAUCAGCAUCAAAGACAAACAUGAAUAUCAGUUCAAAACUUUGUCCGACAAAUUUCUUUUUGUUCUAACUUUGAUUUCAAACAAAAUUGAUUCAAUGUACAAAUAAAAUUUUGGUAUUCAGGUAAAUAUAUUUUUUGUAUUUUCAUGAAUAGAGUUCAACCAAUUUUGUUAAUAUGCAAAGAUGGAUAGUGGCUAGCAGUGGAAUCCAGGACGUGCGUUUUCGUCAUAUCUAGAACUUGUCAGCUGGAUGUACCUGAAUCUCAGAGUUGACGUGAACUUUGGGACUCGAACCCGUUACCGUUCGUUUCAAAUGCCAUCGCGUUAUACACUUAAGUAUUGUGUCAUGAUAAUUAUUAAUGAUCGAUUUCCGGAAUAUGUUGAAUCACAUUCGCGGAGAUGAAGUUACUUGUUAUCUUCUUCUUAAAACUAGAACCCCAGCAUGACUUGGUUUGUUUUUUUAAAUCCCAUUUAAGUCGAUACGAUAUAUUGGCCAUCGGAAUAGGAUGGAUUAAGAUUAGGGACGUCACGAUAUCAGUUCAUAAAGUUAUUGACCGUCAAACUGAAUCCAUGACUAAGAUGGAUAGUGGCUAGCAGUGGGAUUCAGGACGUGCGUUUCAUCCCGUUCAGGACUCUUCAGAUGGAUCUACCUGUAUCUCUGAGUUGAUGUUCACUCUGGGACUCGAACUCAGUGCCAUUCGCUUCGAACGCCAUAGCGUUAUACAUUUAGCUACAAAGUCCUGAUAACCACUGGAUUCCAUUGCUAGCCGCUAUCCAACAUUGCUUAUAAUGCUUGUGUGAAUUGAAGCAGUUCGCACAGGAUGCAUAUAUGUCAGUAAGAGAGACUGAUCAAUUACAGUCCUAAACAUCGAUGCGAAGAAUCAAGUAAACAAUUUCUAUGUCUAAUCUUUAUGACUCGAGCUGAUAUUACUAGUUUGAGCAUUUAUCUUGCUAACCCUUUCUUGCUGUCUUAAUAUGAGAUGUAGUAACCUGGGCUGAUGUGCAUAUGUAUCAGCCCCGGUCUGUUAUAACUGUAUAAGCUCAUUACUGAUCAACUACACAUUAAGAAAUGAACCAAUUUUUGGUACUUCUGGGUUUUUUUUCCAAUCUAAUCUAACUCAUUUAUCAAGUACUUAAUUUAAAGUGACCCUUUAUCUUUUAGAACUAGAAAUACAACUAAUCGGGUGACCAAACUGAUAUCAGUAGAGUGCAAUUUGAAACUAAAACCCGAUUGAUUGAACAGUGAGUGAUUUAACUGGUGAAUCAUUGAGUACACAUUGAACUACUACGGAAUAGUAACUAGUACAACAAACCUCGUUAGAUUGCACUUCACUUUUAGUUUAGACUUAUUUGCUUUCGUUGAUUCAGACCUCUGGUAGAAACCUUUCCAAUUCUAUUUAAACUAGGCUGACAAUUGAUUUUUCCUCCAUAUAUGGAAGUCGUUCUACUUUAAUUUGUAAGUAUCUUCGAGUUAUUUCGUUGCUGAUAUUCUUGACGGUAUUUUGGUCGGUCUUAGCUGGCAUAUGUGCAACCUGUAGGGAUUGCUUCGAUAUGGCCGUUAUUUCACAAGUUUUAGAGGAGAGAUGAUUCCCGACGUAAACAUCAAUUCUGAAAUCCAUCUGAUGAAACACGAGUCCUGGAUCCUACCGUUAGCUGCAUUCCUUGCCUAUGAAAACUGUCACCGCAAGGUUGCUCUAUAACUAACUGUAGGCCUGAGUAUCCGCACAGGAUCAAGUAACCGUAUGGAUGUCUUGUAAAUCUGGAUGGAGUUCGAUUCAUCACAUUUAAAUAUUCUGAGUGAGCACGUCGGCAGGCAGAUUUAAUUACCACUAGCCCCUAUUAUUCUUAGACGAAUGGAGGAGUAAUUAUAUCAAGAUCAAUGUGUCUGUCUGAUAGGUUUGAAGUUGUUAGCUGAGACACAUAUGAAGUCUCAGUCCUACUGAUUCUACGUGAUUAAAACGUGGAACAAGGUCUACAUUUCAAUCGACGCAGAUGAGCAAGACCACGUAAAUAUCAUGAUAAAUUCAAAAGAUGCUUGCGGUUUACAUGUGAAUGACACUUCUCAUUUGCUAAAAUCAUGAAAUAAUUCUUCUAUCAGCAUAGAAGUGUAACUGCGUAGUCCAUAGUAUUACUGCCAACCACUAUUUACUUGGUGAAUAAUCACACAGGAGAUACCUCUAGCGAGUAAUCAAAGUGUCUCAAAUUAAUGCGUAAAAAUAUGCAAACUGUUUACCAAUUCUACGACUGGUUGUACUUAAACAGUAAAUGAUAAAGAAAGCUUCUUCAUUCAUGUGUUCUUAACAAACGCCUAAUAAUAUUACGCUAUUUGUGAUAGAUUAGAUGCUACAGACUAUUGUGGUGCAAAAUACUUACACAGAAUAAUAUAUCCACAUGUUUGGUUACCAGCUGUUUGUUACAUAAUUACACUUUGUUAAUGUAUCAGAGAAUUUACACAAACUAAAGUAGAUAUGUUUAUUCAUGUAUAAAACUGAACUACUUUUUAAGCAAUGCAGUAAGUCACAAGAUCUGAACGAUAAAAUGAAUUCAUCACUUUUUUACGGCUAUUCAAUUACAAACGGGAUAAUCUCACAAGCCCCAAAAUGCCCUGGUACGGCUGAGAGUGGGGAGAGUCAGCUCUCCCUCUCCAAAUGGUCUCAAUAUGGACACGUGUGUACAACCACUAUCACGGAAAUCUGCUAGGUUUGAAGCGGUUACGAGUUCAUUUAGACUGCGAACAGAACAAAAACUCGGUGACCAAUAAGCUAGCUAAUUGAUGUGUCCCAGCACCGCUAACUAGAGGAAGAAGUCCAAGCUUGAAAUAGGGGAAGUAUAUUCCGCGAAUAGCCAGAAACGAGCGAUAACAACAAACACAAAUCAAAACGUAUAUAUAUAUAUAGCACAAAACUAUCCUUAGGGAGAGUUACAAAAUAGUAUACUAAGACACAAUGGACCAAUGGGAUUUAAGAUUCUCCCAAGUGGAAAAUACGACAUAAAGGUGACAAGAGCGCUUUGGGCGCAAAAACAAAGAAAUUCAAAUUUUCUAAUUAAAAUUACAAAAUUAGGUCAUUUUCCAAGUGAGUUCUGGGGAACUAAUGUCCACAACACACCUCCGCUUUUUAAUAGCAUACUUUCCUGGGGUCGACUUGCAUCUUGACUUUUGUUCGCCGCUGUCGGAGGGGUCACCUUCUGGAACGGAGACCAGCUUGUUGUUGAGCUUUUUCUCGUGGUGGGGCUGCUGGUAAGUUGAAGGUAUCAAACAGGAUGUCAAGGGGAAGAUUUACUCAUGUUGAUGGGCGGUCUGCGGCUAUCCGCUCUCGUAGUUGGUUUCGGUGUCUAGUUCACGUGUCUCUUCCCACCCUUACGUCGCACAUAACUUGGCCUAGUCUUCCAACCACACGUGCUUCGGUCCAAGGACCAUGAUUUGCUCUGUAGUCUCGAGCGAAUACCGGGCAUCGAACAUCGUACGUUGGCAGCUCCUGAGAUUUGGUCUGAGAUGGUGGUGGUGUGGUUUUUGGGCACAUCAGACUGUGGAUCGUCCUCAAUCUCCUUCCCAUCAGGAUCUCUGCCGGGGACUUCUACUUUGGUAGCAUAUCACUAGGUGCUGUUCAGUAAAGAAACAAGAAAUUCCGCACUGUUUCUACUGGUGUCCCCUCCCCUGUCAACUUGAUUAGAACUCUCUUGAAUGUAUCCACAAAUCUUUCUGCUUGGCCAUUUGACUGUAGGUGGUAAGGUAAAGAACGGAAAUGUUUGAUCGAUAGGUGUUCACAAAAUUCUUGAAACUAACUUGAGGUGAACUGCGAACCGUUGUCGGAUACGAUUACAUCUGGUAAUCCGUUGCGGGAGAACAUCUCCGUCAAAAGUUGCAUUGUUUGGGUGGUCGUUGGUGGCAUGACGGGAACGAUUUCUGGCCAUUUCGAAAAGGCGUCAACAACGACUAGAUAGGUGAUUUCAGUAAUUGGGCCUGCGAAAUCGACAUGUAUCCUAGACCAGGGAUACUCAGGCUGUGGCCAUGGGACCGGCAGUACUUUCGCGUUACAAUUAGCCGAUUGCUGACACUGUGCGCACUUGCCUACUAAAUCCACGAUGUGUUGAUCCAUGAGGGGCAAAUAAGCAUAGCUUCUGGCGACGGAGUUCAUUCGUUUUAUACCAGGAUGACCGAUGUGGAAUUGCUUUAGCACUCUUGAUCGUAGGGACUCUGGUACCACCACUCUAUCUCCAAACAUAAAGCAUUCAUUUACGACACAUAAUGAGUCCAGACGGCGGUAAAGCUGCUUCAAGUCACCAUUGAGUCCAGUUGACGGCCAGCCAUUGGUGACGUAUUUCAUCGCUCUCUUAAUGAUGGAGUCGUUCCUGGAGUUAGGUUGUAUUUCAGCUGCUGAGACUUGCGAAGCACGAACAGCAGUUGUCAGGCAACAUUGCGCGUGGUCCUCUGUCAUUAGGGAGGCAAUAACCGCAUCUUCGUCCGCCGUAUGUUGUUCGCUGAUAAUUCGUGACAAGGCGUCAGCUUGACCAAACUGCUGGGUGCGCCGGUACUGAAUGUCAAAAUCAAAGCCCAUCGCUGGAGACGGUUUACAGAACGGGCUGGAACACCAGAUUUUGAACCGAAAAUUGUGAGAAGAGGCUUGUGAACGGUGAGAAAAGUGAAUCUUCGACCGCACAAGAAUUUGUGGAAACGGCGUACUGCAAACACAAGGGCGAAAGCCUCUUUCUCUGUUCGGCUUUACUUUCUUUCCGCUGGAGUUAAUGUGAGAGAUGCAUGCAUAAUAGCUUUCUCUGUUGCGUCCGGAAACUGGUGUGAGAUGACAGCACCGGGUCCAAAAGCUGAAGCAUCUGCAGCCACAAUGAUUGGCAUGGAUGGGUCGUAGUGCGUCAAUAAUACUUCAGAGCUUAUGAUUGUUUUCAGCUUGCAAAAUGCAGCUUCAUACUCUUUUGUCCAGUUCCAAAUAGUAUUCUUAUUCAGAAGAUAAUUUAGUGGGGCGCGUAUGUGAUUCAUCAACGGAACAAAAGCUGAGUAGUAGCUAAUUAGUCCCAAGAAUGAUCGUAGCUCAGAGAUAUUAGUGGGAGUCGGCAUCAGUUUUAUAGCUCGGAUGUUUUCAGGAUCUGGUCUGCAACCUUCGGCAUCAAAGAUGAAUCCUAAGUAUUUUACUGACUUCAGGAAAAGCCGGCAUUUUUCUGGGCGGAAUCGGAAUCCGUUAUCGCUGACGCGUUGUAGUACAGUUGUGGUGCGUUCUCGAAGCUGUUCUAACGAUGUGGCAACAAUUAAGAUAACAUCGAGAUAAGUUGCGACCCCCGGGAUACCUGAUAGAAUGGUAUCCAUUAGUUGCUGAAAAAUAGAUGGAGCUGUUUUAACACCAAAUGCUAGGCGAUUGUACUGAAACAAGCCAUGACGAGUAUUUAUGGUAAGUAACUCUCUGGAAUCUUCAGCCACUUCCACUUGUAGAUAGGCAUCAUCGAGAUCCAGCUUUGCAAAACAUUUUCCGCCAUUUAGCAUAGUGAACAGAUCUGCAGGAACUGGCAACGGGUAAUGAUUUUGUUCCAGAGCUGCAUCAAGAUCUGUUGAGAAAUCAACGCAUAUUCGUACUGUGCCAUUUGCUUUCUUAAUAACCACAAUGAGUGCUGCCCAGGCAGAAUAAGAAACAGGUGUAAUAACUCCCUGUAGUUCAAGACGAUUGAGUUCUUCAUCAACUUUCGAUAAUGCUGCAUACGGCACAUGUCUCUUUGGACGGAAGACAGGCUUAGCUCCAGGUUUCAACCGAAGUGUUGCUUUCAUAACAGUGCACUGACCCAAUACAGGCUGAAAAUGGUUGAAAACUCCGUCAUUAACUUCGUAUAUACUACAGGUUCAUGGGGUUGUUUCAUCAGAUGGCAUACAGUGCUUAACAGGACAUCAGCUAAAUGCAACUGGUAGAACCAAUCUAAAUCAAGUAAAUUUAUAUCAGCUGGCGUUAUGUAACAUACCCCAGUGAACGUCGAAUCGUGAAAAGACACUUUACAAUCUAGUUGUCACAACAAACAUAGGUGAUCACCGCAUGCAGUACGAGGCUUUUGAGUUGUCGGCACAGUACGUGGUCUGCCCAAUCUUCAAAGCAUCAUCUUGAUUAGCAAAAUCAAAUUUAAAUAGGUCUUCAUAACGCCGGAACCAGAUGUCAAAAGUAAGUACAAACAUGUAUUAAGUCAAUAAAAUCUCUCUUAAAAAAUUGUAAUAAGCAAAAUAUUAACAACUUUUCAACAUUAUUUAUAAGUUCUUAAAGGUUUAUAGAUCAUCUUUGAAUAAGUUCAGGGUUAAAAUGACUCUAAUAUACAUAAUCAGUGAUUUGAAUGUAUACUAGCACUUCGUUGAAUGAUAAAUUACUUUUUAUAUUAGUUGAACCCCUUUGAUAAAUUAGAGCAACGAAAUUUGUGCUAUAAAAUGUGAAUUCAUUUUAUCUCUGUUGUGGAUGUGGAGGAAUAGACCAAUAAUUAUCAUGUUAAGUCCAAUGGUGUCCUUGGACUUUAAAUGGACAUUUCCUAUUGAUCGAUAUCUGUUCACUUGUUGAAUAUUGUACAAAAUGUUGUUUUCUAUUCUAUGGUACGAUGUGGUAUGCUUGGUUAGUAUAUAAAAAG